UUGCCAUGGUGAGGAGCGGCGGCGAGCGAUGGCCGACGUUCAGCUGCCGGCCGAUGCCGGGCCCAAGCUGGAGCCGGAGGCCGAGGCCGAGGCCGACUCUCGCUCCCUCUACACCGUGUUCGCCGGGUCCUCGCCGGAGGACGUUGCCUACGCCAAAGUGUUCUGGAGCUCGCUGUCGCUGCAGCCGCCACUCGAGUCCCGUCUGGUGUCUGGAGACAUCAAGCAGCGGCUGAAGGCGGCGCCGCCCGCAGGGUGCAAGCCCUCCAAAGAUCAAUGUUGUCACUGUCAUCCGAGCGAGGCAGACAUCAAAUCCAAGCAGCUACUGAUUGAAGCCUACAUGCAUGAGAAAGAAGAUGAAAAAGCAAGAUAUUUGGAGAAAGCACAGAAACGAAUAGAGAUCUUGGAUUUAAUCAAGAAACAAAAGGAGGAAAGAAUAAAGAAAGAACUAGUGGCUCUUCCAUACAAACCAAAGAAAAUCAUGCAAUCGCAACCAGAGCCUGCCAGUCCAGAUUUCAGCAACGAGGCUCAGGAGACUUACCAAGCCCUGAGGCAGUUUGACUGAAUAUCAAGAAAAUCCUUUGGAAACACAGAAACCUUUGUGAAAAGAUGAAUAACUUACUUGGAGUCAAUAAAUUGUUGUUUCUUUAACCUA